GUUAUGUUGUACCAACGUUUCCUCAACGAAUUUUAUACUCCCUGAGAUAUUGUCAUUCAGUCUGAGAUCCCAAAACACGAUGCUCUCCAUAUUUAACAUGGAAAGACCAAUAUCAUCCCCGGAUGAAAAUCACAAGGUGGAAAAGCUCAAGGAAUCGCACCUUCUGUUGAAGAAAAAACUAAGCCUAUCCCACGAGUUAAUAAAGCAAUAUAAUGACAAAAUAAAGGAAUGUCAAGCAGUUAAUAAUGAAUUGGAAAUAGCCAAGCAUAAUGUCGAAACAAUAACACAGAAGCAUAAUUCAAGCCUGAUUAAAAUCACUCAAUUAGGGCUAGAAAAUGAUGAGUACCGGCAAAAGAUUGACAAUUUUUCAAAGACAAUAUCGGAUCAAGAAAUCAAAAUCGCGGCGGAUCGACAGCAUGUACAACAGCUUAUAUGUAAAAUGCGGGAGGCAGAGCAGAUUCACACAGCAAAAUCUAAAAAAGAAGAUAACUGGAAAGAAAAAAUAAAGCUGUUGGAAACCAAAUUGAAGGAAGUGAAAAAGUCACACGAAAUUGAAAUUAAAGAAAUGGAGAUGCAAAUGAAUGUUUUGAAAACUGCUGGUACGGCAAAAAAUCAAAAUAAAAAGGAAACCAAGAUCACACAUGAGAAAUCUACCUGUACCGGUAAUGAACUUGAACCAGUCAUAUUCAGAGCGAAAAUGGUGGACAAAUGCGUAUUGACCAACGAUUUUUACAGCAUAAAAGAUGAUCCGUAUCCUCUAUUUUGUACAAAAUGUGAAGUAAAAUUGGACCCUGCUCCAUUGAACCAGAUACUCAAUCAGAUGUCAACCUGUCCUGUUCUCAUUACAGAAGUUACAUCCCCCCCUAGAAAACCUGUGAUUACCCGGCUGCACACAAACCCUCAAGAUUCAGCUGAGAGGGAAUUGGUACAGCCUGAAGCCAUAAACGACAGUGUAUGCAAUCUGAGUCAAAAUUUGGAACGUGCUGAAAAGAUUUCUGACAUAUCAAAGUCGGAUUUCGAGCGAUUAGAGCGUAAAAUUUGCCUGCUUGAACGGAAGCUGCAAAAGACUGUAAAAAAAGAUGCGCCAGUCAGAAAUCAAUGUUCCAGUUGCCAGUAUCUCAAAAACUGUUAUGCAGCGCCACCCUAUCCUAAUGUAUUUCAAUCUGGAACUAUGAUGCAAACUCAGGCUGAAUUUCUAGAAUUUCAAAAUUGGCAACAAGGUUUGAUAAAUCGGAAGAGAAGGUGGCCAAAUAAUAUUCAGAAAUCCAGUAGGCGUGGAAAAAAGUUGGCCAACAAAAAACAAAAGUUGCAAGACAGUACAACAGGAUGGCACAUUGAUCCUAUUCCAGUAAGAGAACUUGGAGACUUAAAUCAUGGCAAUAUGCUUAAAAAGCAUUCCGAGGCAUCGAAUGAUCGGUUAAGAGCCGAAUCACCUCUACUAAACUGUCAAGAGACAAAGAUUAAGUCAUCAAAACGCUCCAAGAAAAGAACUAAGGAACUAUUGAGCUUAUUUUCUGCAAGCUCACGUGGCACAUCGCCGAGUCAUUCAGAUCUUGAUUCAGACGUAUUCAUGGAUGAACAACUUUGCCAGAAAAAGCAGAUGGAAUCGCCAAAAACAGAGGAGUUCAUGGAUCAAGAAAUAGUGAAAAAUUCUGAUAGACCCUCUGAGCAUGUACUUGAACAUGAACCGGUACAAUUCAUUUCUAAUGAACAAACUAAGAGUGUGGAGAAACCGGCACAAAAGUCGACAAAACUUUCAUUUAUAAAAAAAAUUAGCAAUUUAAAAAAGAGCUCCAGCAUCACAGAGCCCCCAAUGAAGAAUUUUGUGUCUGUAAAUAACAAAAAGUCACAUUUAGUCCCUACUAAAGUGUCCAUAGAGAAUGCAGAUGUCAAUGGUGAACGCGGAAAUGACGUUGGUUCACCAAAACUAGUUGAAAAUGAAACAAGUUUGAAUGUCAACAAUGAUUACAGCCCUGUGAAGAAACAUAGAAUAGCGCAUACCACUCGCAAACCAGAAAACAGAUCUAUUUAUGGGAUGAUUUCCAAUUCAUCAAAAUUACCAAAGAUUAUAGAACCAGAAAAAUCUUUGUUCAAAGAUAAGUCUGUUAGCAAUAAUACAAUGGAUAAUUCUGAAAAUGAACAUGUUGGGGCAGUGGAAGUAUCUAAUGGCUGUGUGGGUGAUACAGAAAACACCAGUCACGGAACGGAUUUCAAUUCCCAAACUCGGCUUGUAGGUGAAAAUAGAUCAAAUGAUAUCAGUGAUACUGAAUUCUCCUCAUUGGCAAGUAAACCAAGUGUCACAUGCAGCAAUGGCAACAUUGACGAAAGUAUAUCCAAUGAUUGUACAAAUACGAGGCAAUCCACUGUAAAUAAAAGUUCAGUUAACAAGGAAGUAAUUUCUCUUCAACCGUGUAUUGUUAUACCCAGAAUGUAUUUUGACGUUGGCAGUGUUGCAAAUUCAUGCAAUGCUAUGCAAUGCUCGGAGAGUAUCGAGACAAGAAAAGACUCGCCUGUACCUAAUUCUGAUCAAGUUAGCAAAAGUAAUACACCGCUAAGAAUCUUAAGAUCUAAAACCAUAGUCAACAGAUCUAAUAGUACAGCAUCGUCAAGUAACGAACCCACACAAGCUAUUGAAGAUACAGUCAACAAAAACUUUACAUCUAAUAAGCCUAAGACAAUAUCACGGAUAACGAAAGUGGAUCUUGCUUCCCACAGUGAUGUUAUUCAUUCACCAGACUUUCCUGAUAAUGAUGACGUGUUAGAGGUAGCGUCAGAUGUUCAUGAUACUUCGAUUUCGGUAAAAUCUGAUGAAUGUGAAGACUCGAGAAGCAAAACUUUCGACAAUGAGAACUCUACUCCCAUAUUGGCGAGGCGAACGUACAAUAAGAGGAGAAGAGUUGAUGCGUUAUCUCCUAGUCCGAUCAGAGAGUUGAGAUCAAGAAGUAUAUUGUUGAGCCCUUCAAAAAAUUCAUUAAAACAUGACAAUGAGGAACCGAAUAACGAGACUGCAUCAAAUGCUACAGAUUUAGCAACGUGUAAUGUCAAUAUGCAAUACAACAAAGGCUUUAGUCCAAUAUCGCUGCUCCAGCAAUAUUUAGUGGAACAAGCUAACAUUGCGAAAGAGAAGUCCAGCAAACGCAAGAAAUUCAAUGAAAAGGUACAGCAAAAAAAGGAAAAUCUAGUCUUGAAGGAAUUGUCUGAAUUAGUUGAAAAUGAAGAAUGGACAACAACCAUGCUUGCAAAUGCGACUGAAAAGCUUUCGCACUUUAAAAAACAUACAAUAGCAAAGUGUACAGUUGACUUCUUGUGCACAAAAGCAGAGGAAAAUGAGUUGUUGGAUCGUACUUAUACACCUCCAGCUCCGAUAUUGUCAAAAACACAACAGCGAAUUAUCACUAUGCUGGUUGUCCUAAAUCGCACGAUACCUGACCUAAUCAGACUUGUUCAAACUGGAAUCGAGUAUAGGCUUUUCCGGCUGGGUUACGCACCUGAGGUAGAAGUUGUACAAGAACUAACACGUGCCUUCACUGCAUUGGCUCGAGUACAGAAAGACAGAGAAAAAGUGAGAAUUUUAUGCUGCGAUGCUUUAUAUUGCCUUGGGAAGAAGGCAAUCCCCCUCGUGUACACCAUUCUUAUUAGCUGGCCUGAAGUAUUACCCAUGGCUGGAACAAGCAAUGAGCCACUGCUUCUGUGCCUAACUCAGGCGAUAGGUAUGCAGGACGGCGAUACAUCAUUCCCCAAGUUCUUGCCCCUGAAGAAACUUCUUUCUGGCUACUAUAAUUACACGUUUGACGAUCCUUCCUGUACAAAUUUAACAAAGAGUUUUAUGACUGCUUUGAAAGAUAAACGUCAAAACGGUUUAGAUACAGCAAUAAUACUUCUCGCUAAAAAGAAAGGCACCAGCUGGGCUUAUAAAAAUAUUGUUCAGGGUGGCUUGUUGCAGAUGAUCAUUGAAAGGAUUCAUCCGUCUAUAUACGAUGCCUUUUGCCUCCUAGGUUACAUAAUGCGAUCAUUUUCGGUAAAUGACCCGGAAGGUUUGGUGAAAAACAUCCUUGAACAGCUGUGUGCUCUCAUGGAAUCUGGAGAAGGUUCGAUGCAACAACAAGAAGGUGUUGCAACAGCACUAUUAAGCUUAAGUCGACACAAAUUAGAUGUCGUAGUAAAGGCCCUUUUAAAUUGGAAACCUUGCGAACCGAUUUCUGAACCAACGAUUCGGCUACUGACUAACUUGUUCCGUGUACACCAACCCGGCUACUGGCAUAAAUUAAUUCAAAAGAACUGUAGAAAAUUACCUGUCUGUGCAAAGAUGUGAUCCAAACUAGGUUUGCCACAUAUAUUGUUAUAGUUUAGUUUAGAUGUUUACAAUGAUUUCCUUUCAUUUUCUCGAUACCUCAUUGACACAUUUCUUCUGAGCAUUAAGGUUCAGUGUUUCUGAUUACUAUGCCAAACAAGGGCUUUAGCAGUGGGUAUAAUCACAUUACCUUAUCAAUAAAAUCUCUAGAGACACGACAUGAAGAUAAUUUUUUUGUUUUUUUAUUUUUCAUUUUUACUUUGGAUGCAAGGUAAUCAAAAUUACUUGGGUAAUUUCAAAUUUUAAUAACUCGGUAGUUGAAUGAUUACAUAACAUUUGCUCAGUUUUUACGUUUUGCUCGUAGAUCUUGAACUACAACGAAAACGUUCGUAUAAUAUAGCUGUAUUACUUACAGGCCACAUUGUAAGUACAAAAAAUCUCAAUUCAACAUUUUUAUAUUAUUGCUACUGUUUACUUCUCAUUCUUCUGUCAUAUUAUUCAUGAAAAUUUCAACAAUGUUUUCAAGUAUACUUUGUAAAAUGUAGAUUUAAACGAUAUAAUACAUAAUACAUAUUUUUUCGACAUAAGAAAAUCGAGUCUCGGCGUUGUUAAUUUACCUUGAAAUAAAUGAUAAAAGUAUAGUCCUUUUCAUG